CCGAUCAUUACAAGUUCACAACAAUAUUGACCCAAACACUCUUCUCUCUUCUCUUUCGUUCUUCUCCCUCGCAGAUCCGCCCGCCCCACCAGCCGCUAAUCGCCAAUUCUCUUCGUCUUCAAAACCCCUAUGCUCUUCGCAAAGCCUCCGCACAACCCAAGCGCCAGACGCUCUGAACGACAAAUCAGUGAAGCCUUGGGGGCGGCCGCCCCUCUAGCUGCAACCUGCAGUUCUUCUUACUAAUAUAUGAGCAAUCUUCUCUUCCGUUCAACUGCCAGGUAGGCAAAAUUCCAAAAUUCCAGUUCUUCAGCUGAUUCAGGACCGUCGGAGGAUGACUAAAUUCUCCUCCUUAAUGGUGGUGGAACAGCUGGUAGAAGCUAGAAAUGCUCGGAUUCAUUUAUGACUUCAAUUUCAACUAGGGAUUUGAUCAUGUGCUUGACUGCUACAAUCUUUUCCAGUUUGUGUAUUUGCGAUCAGUGAGAUAAAUCAAAAUUCGUGAGGACCCUCUUAGCUUACUGUAGUCUUACGCCAUGGCUGUCCAACAAGAGGCGGCGCAGGAGUACGUGCCGCAGCCGAAGAAGAAAGAACCUUCUGAGCUAGAGAAGAGGAGAAAGAAAAUUGAACCUGGAAGCUUAAUGAAAGCUGAAAUGAGGCCAGGAGGUGGCGAUGCUAGACCAUCCGAUGGUGACCAGGUCUUAUAUCACUGCACAGUUAGAACGUUGGAUGGAGUAGUUGUGGAGUCUACUAGAUCUGAUAAUGGGGGUAAGGGCAUUCCACUGCGACAUGUUUUGGGUAAAAGCAAGAUGCUAUUAGGAGUCGUUGAGGGACUUACCACAAUGUUGAAGGGUGAAGUGGCAAUGUUUAAAAUGAAGCCAUCAAUGCAUUAUGGUGAGGCUGAUUGUCCAAUCUCGCCACCAAGUGGAUUUCCAAAGGAAGAUGAACUUCAUUUUGAGAUUGAAAUGAUAGAAUUCUCAAAAGUGAAGGUAGUCAAUGAAGAUUUGGGGGUUAUAAAGAAGGUGAUUGCUGAUGGCCAAGGCUGGGAAACUCCUAGGGAACCAUAUGAAGUACAAGCCAGGAUUUCAGCUAAAACUGCUGACGGGAAAGUUAUUCUUUCCCACGAACAAGGAGAGCCAUAUUUCUUUACUUUCGGGAAAUCUGAGGUGCCUAAAGGUCUUGAGAUGGGAAUGGGAACAAUGGCACGGGAAGAAAAGGCUAUAAUAUAUGUUACUGGCCAAUACUUAACUCAGUCACCCCUCCUAUCUACAAUAGAAGGUUUGGAUGAAGUUCAAUUUGAAGUGGAGCUUGUUCAUUUCGUUCAGGUGAGAGACAUGCUUGGAGAUGGGCGUCUAAUAAAACGCAGACUUCGUGAUGGGAAGGGUGAGUUUCCCAUGGAUUGCCCUCUUCAUGACAGUCUUCUGCGGGUCCACUACAAGGCCAUGCUUCUAAAUGAUGAAAAGACUGUCUUCUACGAUACAAGAGUUGAUAAUGAUGGGCAGCCUUUGGAGUUCAGUUCUGGCGAAGGACUAGUUCCUGAAGGAUUUGAAAUGUCUGUCCGCCUGAUGCUUCCAGGAGAGUUGGCUUUGGUAACAUGUCCUCCUGAUUAUGCAUAUGACAGAUUUCCAAGGCCAGUCAAUGUUCCUGAAGGUGCUCAUGUCCAAUGGGAAAUUGAGCUUCUUGGUUUUGAAAUGCCAAAGGACUGGGCUGGCAUGGAUUUUCAGAGUAUAAUGGAUGAUGCUGGAAAGAUCAGAAGCACCGGAAACAGGUUGUUCAAAGAAGGAAAGUUCGAACUAGCCAAAGCCAAGUACGAGAAGGUACUGAGGGAGUUUAACCAUGUCAAUCCACAAGAUGACGAGGAAGGGAAGGUUUUCCUGAACACGCGGAAUUUGUUACACCUUAAUGUGGCCGCUUGCUACCUGAAAAUGAAGGAAUGCAGAAAAUCCAUCGAGGCAUGCAACAAGGUUCUGGAUGCAAGUCCUGCACAUGCAAAGGCUCUAUACCGCCGCGGAAUGGCAUACAUGGAAGCUGGCGAUUUUGAUGAAGCAAAGAACGACUUUGAAAUGAUGGCAAAAGCUGACAAGUCGUCCGAGCCUGAUUCAAAAGCUGCUCUUCAGAAACUAAAGCAAACAAAGCAGGAAGUUGAGCGGAGAGCACGGAAACAAUUCGGAGGGCUCUUUGAUAAGAAGCCCGGAGAGAUAGCAGAGGUUGGGCCAGAAGAUGAAGCAAAUGAGAAAGAGGAGGAGAGCACAUCCAAAGAACAGCACAAGGAUGACGAGAUCGAGGAAGAGCCAUUGCUGGAAGAUGCAGUGGAGGGACCAAGACCUGGCCUGUUGCAUCGCUUGUGGCCGACUGGGGGAAGGCUAUUCUCGGCUCUGGGGCUCCAACGCUGUACCAUCUUGUGAAACCUCGGCAGAGAGGUCACUUUUUAAAAUCGCUCCCACAUUGCUGGUUAUGCAGAGAGGUCACUUGCUCACUUUUGAAUUAGUAACUUUAUACAUAAUAAUAAUUUGUCUCUUCUAUCUACACCUAUUAUUGAAGUCAAAUUAGGGAAAAAAUUCCCCACUUCAAAUUUCCAGCCUGAAGAGAAAGAAAUAUCAAAUAUGGAAGCCUCGUUUAGUAAGAGGAUAUUUACAUGGUUGAAAGUAUUAUUUUGGGUAAAUACAAUUUAAUAUCCAAACCUUUUAUUUUAAACAAUAUAAUAGCCAAACUUUUUCGAAAACAAUCUAAUAUCCAAAUCGUCAACUUUUCGUUCGUUUGACCGUUAGUUGACACUUCAAGAAAGCUUUGUUUAAGAGAAAUUGUCACAAUACUAACUUUGUUUUCUUGUUUUGGCAUUGCAGAUGACUGAAUAUUUAGAUAUUUUAUAUCAUCAUGGUGGAGUCAUGGACUUUUCGGGUUUGGAACUACGAUAUGUUGGUGGUUUUUUAGAGAAGAUAUCGAUGGAUAUUGAUGAAGUGUCGUACUUCGAACUUUUUUGAAGUGUCAACUAACGGUCAAACAGACAGAAAAUUGACGAUUUGGAUAUUAAAUUGUUUUCGAAAAGGUUUGGUUAUUAUAUUGUUUAAAAUAAAAGGUUUUGGUAUUAAAUUGUAUUUACCUUAUUAUUUUUGCUCGAACAAAAUUUCGUUCUAUCCGCAAUUUGCCAUCGACCUUGUUUGUGGCCCUUUGUCCUUAGGGUUUACAGCUCCAACAGCCUCCCCUCGUGAAAACAACAUUCGUGCUCUGUGUGUCAUCUUGUCGUGGUGCACCAGUUCGUAAAAUUGGGUUCACUAAGUUGUCUUUGGAUUGGAGAGGAGACCUUGUUUUGGAAGGGAGGAGAUGGAUGGUGGUCUGGAGAACAAGAUGAAGGACAGACGACGGAGGGGACUUUGACAUAUACGAUUCUCUUAAAGUUUAACCCAUCCUUUUUGUACAUGUGUCUAGAAUUUUGGAAUUGGCUAUUAAAAUUUUUGGGUACAUAUAGGAAUUUUACAAUACUUUAAAGUACUGAUUUUUUAAUUUUUGCUUUUAUACAAUUUGAAGUUGUACUUUUAACGUUGGAUUUUUUCUAGAUUUACCAUCAUUAAAAAAAACUACAAAAAUACCAUUGUUUUCGAAAAUUUUUCAAAACUAACACCAUUUUCUUAAAACCACACACUGAAGACGCGGUUUACUGAAGAAACACGUGGGGAAGAUGCGGUCAAGGCUAGGGCAGCCAACAAACCGUCUAAGGAAGCCGCGGUCCGCAGAACUGUUGGAUUAGAAAGCGAUCCAAGGGCGGACCGUGCGUCAUGUAAGCGAUCUGUGUCAAGGAUCGAGAAUCGCAGGCGGAGGGGGCAAUUUCUGACAUGAAAAAACGCAAACCGUGGCUGGAGGAGGCGGUUUUUGUGUUUGCAAAUUUACAAAACCGCCCCCAUAAGACAGUCCGAAUCUUACAUAAACCCCCUCUCCCCUCCUUGCUUCACACCAAAACUCAUUCUCCUCUCUCUCUCUCUCUAAGAUUAUCUCCUUAUCCAUCCCCCUCUCCACCCAAAAACCUAGUAAAUAGUGAUAUGUUGGUUGCGGCUAAAUCUGAACUGCCAUAAAAAACAUUUCUUUGGUUUUUCCUUCAAAAACCAUCGAAUCUCUGUUCGGCUACUAGCAAAAAUGGCUUAUAUUUUCGAAAAACAGCUCCUUCAACAGACGGUUUGUUCUAGGUCAGCCACUAAACCGCCUCCCCAUGUGGCUGUUUUCAAAGAAUGGUGGUAGUUUUGUAAUUUUUCCGGGUUGGGUGGUAUUUUUUAAUUUUUUUUAAACAGUCGUAGAUCUGGAAAAAAAAUCCUUUAACGUUAU